UCCCCCUGUGCAGAGUGUGCUGCCCGUUCUCUGUGCCUGUAUGUGGUGAUCUUGUAGGACUCACUGCCAUGGGCCUUGGGUCUGUUCUUCUUGGAUUUGUGUGUUUAAUGGAGCAGAUGAUCUGGGCACACUCUGAGCCAUCUCCCCAGCCUUCUAUCUGGGCAGUCCCAGGAACUGUGAUUUCUACAGGCAGUGCUGUGACCAUCUUCUGCAGGACCCCUCCAGGAGUGACCAAUGUGCGUCUUCAACAUCAUGUACUCAGUGGAAAAUGGUAUGAUUGCACUCCACAGGGGGGAACCCAGGAAGUCUGUGAGUUCAGUCUGAAGAAUAUGAUGCACAUUGAUGCUGGGAUUUACUCCUGUAAAUACUCCAAUGGAUAUCAAUGGUCAGGAAUUGGUGACAAACUGGAGUUGGUAGUGACAGGUGUUUAUAAGGAGAAGCCAUCCCUUACUGUUGAUUCACGACCCCAGGGAUUCUCAGAAAGAAAUGUGACUCUUGGUUGUUACACACGUCAUUCCUCUGACAUCUUCAUUCUCUGCAGAGAUGGAAAUGCUUCCUUUCCUCUGAACUGCUUACAACAGGGCCACAACAAAUUUUUCAUCUCUCCUGUGAGCCCAGGGUACAAGAGGACCUAUAGAUGCUUUGUGUCUUCCAAAGUCAAUGCCUUCUUGUGGUCAGUGCCCAGUGACCCCCUUGAGCUUUCAAUCCCAGGUCCAUCUGUGUCUCUCAUUGUGGUUUGGGUCACAGUUUCUGCUGUCUGCUUCCUCAUCUUCCUCCUCCUCAUCUGCCUCUGCCACCAUUGUGCCAAAUGUAAGGCCAGCAGUGGUGAGACCAGGAGCCAAGUGAAAUAUAAGAGCUCCAGCUCAGCUCCCAUGGACACCGAGGAAAAAAUUAAAUAUGAUGAGUUGGAACACAUUCAGCCUGAAAACUGCAGCCAGGCAGACACACAGGUGUCUGCAGCAGAAGACACCAAGGAGGUGACUUAUGCCCAACUAUGUCAAGAGAUCUUCCUGGAGAACAUGGAUUCACCUCCCUCCAAUACACUUCAGGGCAUGUCUACACAGACCUGUGUGUAUGCCAUGCUCAGAUUAUCGCAAGAGGAGAGCCAGAGUUAGCAAUGAGGUAUGCAGGUAUUUCUUCAGCAGAGGGAGGUGCCAUGAAUGAAGCUUCUCUUGAUCUUCAACUCAAGCCAUCAGCUUGGAGCUCCAGUGACCUCAAGUGUAGAGAAGCUUGUUAAUGAGGAGGAACCCUGGAGCUCACAGACCUCACUCAGCAAACUUCCAGUUCCUUGUGAUUUGCUCAUUUAUGCUCCUGAGUACCUUUCAAAUGUGUGCAGAUGACUCCCUGGGCUCACGUUUACUUAGUAAGACAUGGUUUUCAUCAUCUACUGAAAGAGGCAAGUUGAACAAUGUGGAAUCCUGUUUAUUAGUGAUGCAGAGCACUUCAACAGAGUAAUCCUUAACCUUGACUCUCAAGAGAUGGGUUUUAGAAUCAUGUAGGAGACAUACCUGUAGGUGUGUUUCAGAGCUUCUCCAGAGAUGUUUACCUGAAGUGAAAAGACAUACCAUGAAAAUAGGUGAUACUAUUUUAUGGGGCAGUGUCUUAGAUUAAAUAAAAGGUAAAAAUUAAGUGUAA